ACCAAGAUGGCCGCUUUGGAAAGGCCGCUGCUUGACGCCACCAGCAGACCCCAGAACGAUGAUGGCGGAAGCAACUCCAGCACCCCUGCCCUCACCUCAACCACCAACACCACCACCACUACCACCACCACCGUCACCACCGUCACCACCACCACCACUACUGCCACUACCACCACCACCAGCACCGCCUGGCAGAUGGAGGUGCUGAUGGAGCGGCUGCGCAGUAAGGCUGGAGGCUUCCGAUCAUUGGUGGAGUCUGCCAAGGGAAUAAAGCAAGCCAUAAUGAAAAAGCAACACCUGCUGGACCCUGGGGAGCGUGUGGCCCUGGGUAGCUGCCUGGACACCCUGCAGAAGAACAUCAAGGUUACAUCACUCUCGGCCAUGGUGGAGAGGCUGGAGGCCACAGCACGGCAGCUUGGGCUCAAGUUUACUGCGGGUACAUCUGGCUCAGAGGUGUUUGUGUCGUGUGAUAUGUUUUAUGUGGAGGUGCUGCUGGAGCCUGACGGGCGGGUACGGGACGUGAAGGUGGAACUGGCAGGGGACCAAAGCACGCAUGAAGGCCUGUCGUCGCCCGAGCUGAUGGAGUGCCUGAGCAUAGGAGACUUUGCUGACUUCACUGCCCAUCUGGAGGGAUUCUCUUCCAUCUACCAGUUAAAUGCCGACAAGAAGAGUAAAAGCAAGGCAUUUCAGGCAUUGCAGGCCUUGGAGACAGACCUGACCAAGCUGUUUGAGUUGGCGCAAGAGACCAUCACAGACCCCUACAAGCUGGUCCUCAAGUCCCCAGUGGGUCUGCUGCAGCGGCGGCGAGGAGGCCAUGCGAUGCGGUUGGUGUACUUUGUGUCGCCUUAUGAGCUCCUGGACGUGGCAGCAGGACGUGCCAUCACACUCACCACGGACACGCCACACUCCCGGGAGCUGUCUCACUACGUCACAGUCAACAUUGAGGCGUCCAACUCCCACAAGCUGCAGACCACCACACUCAUGCUCAUUACCAAGCAGGCUAAUGGCAAGAAGCUUCCAUCGUUCUCAGGCCUCACCACAGACAACAGCAUGACACUACCAGCCUGCUUCUCCCUCAAGCUGCAGCGCCCCAUGCCUGUCUCUCUGGCUUUGCUGCAGCGUAUUAAUGAGGUGACGGGUCUUGAGUGCGCCGACCCUACAAACCAGCAAUCCCUCAUCCCCCUCAUCAUACAGCAGUCCGCAGACAACCAUUCCGAGUGCAAUAGUAACCGUGGUCUCUUUGUGACACUGCCAGACCAGCAGCACUGUUACUUCAUGACCAGUGCCGGGGAGCUGCCAGGGGUGAUGGUGAGCUGUGUACCCUUCACUCACCCCACACACAUCACUCAGAUCCUCAUGUGUCUCCGGGCCCAGGCUGCCUUCAAUGCCCUCAUCGCCUCCUGUGUGCGGCCGGCCAGCAAGCAAGAUCUUGACUCAGCGUACAUUUUUGAGGUGACGGCCGCCAGCCACGAGUACAUCUCCGUCACCUUUGAGCACCCGCAGGAGGAGAGCACAGCCACAGCAGAGAUAGACCUGACAGACCUGUGUAAUGCCCGGUGCCGUCUGCACACUCUCACCCCCGACCCUGGCUUCUGUUCCGAGGAGUAUGUGACAAAGGUUCUGCAAAGGUGCAUGUCCAUCCCGGUGACGAUGCGUGCGGUGAUGCGGAAGGUGGCCAAGGAAGAGCGCAAGGACGCGGUGAUGAGCGGCGACUCAGCCGUCAUGAUGGGCAGCGGCAAGCUCAACUCGGACUUCAACCAGAACACCAAGUUUCUGCUGAAUGAGUACGACAAGCUGGGCAUGCGGCGUGACCAGCUCAUGGCACCUCACAUGACCAACCUCAACAAUGUGGUCACCAACACCUCACAGAACUAUUACAACACCCCGUUCCCCCCCGGCCAGCAGACGGGGAGCGGGGACACCGCCACCACCACCACCAAUCCCCUUGCUGCCCUGGGGAACGCUGUGCAGGAAGCUGGCACCCCCCUUGGGUAUGGGGCGCUCUUAGGAGCCAUGGGGCACAAGCAGGGUCUCAACCAGCCUUUUUUAGGUGAGGCCAAGACAGCAAAAGUCAGAAAAAAAAAGAGCGCCCAAGACUCGGACCGCAAGAGCCCCAAGUACAUAGAGGACGUGAUCGACCUGGAUGACCGCAGCUCUGACUCGUGCCAGAGUGAUGCCCUGGCCAGCCUGGUGGACAUCAAGCAGAGGGACAUCAAGGUGGAGAAGGUGUCUAACAUCCUCAGCAAGCGACGCUCCUCCAACGACGGUGGCACCACGGACAUCGUCACCAGCGACCUGGCGGCGCUGAGGGAGCAGGUGUAUGGCGCCGCCUCUGCCGCCAACUAUGCCAAGAUUAACUCCUACUCCAUCAAGGACAACAAGGACAUCAAGAAAGUCAAGAAGCCACGGACAGAUGGACAUGACUCGCGCAAGUCCCCCAUUGUUCUAGAUUUGACUGAAGCCGAGACCUCCAACAAGAAGUCUGGCAGUGGGAGCAGCAGCAGCAGCCACAGCUCCUCCACCUCCCUGAGUGCGGCACUGUUGAAGAGACCAGGCAUAGAAAUCAUCCCCAUCCCUGGCAGCAACACCCCUAUCUCCAUCCCCUCCUCCAUCACUGUCACCCCUGUCCUCAAGUCUGGCGAUGACAAGUACAAGGACAAGAAGGAGAGGCGGGACAAAAAGGACGUGGAGAGGAAGGACAAGAAGAGGAAACGUGACGACUCCCCCAGCAAUAACACCUCCAGCAGUACCAGCACCAGCAGCAGUAGCAGCAGCAACAGUAGCAGCAGCAGUAGCAAGCCAGCCAAGGUUCAGAUCAUCAGCAGUGGUCUCAAACACCCUUUUAAAGGAGAGAGUGGGAGCAAGUCAGGGCUGUCGGCCAUUACCGUCAAACCUAGCACUCCUCCCUACCAGUCCCCUUCCAAAAAGCCUUCCCUUUCCCCUAGCAUAUCAAAAUCUGUGCUGCCAAAUAAGGUGUCUGUCAGCCCAACCCACAAGCCCAACAAAGUGAUAUACAGCCCCACUCAAAACAGCAGUCAGAGCUCGUCACCCAAGGGAAGGAGCAGCCCCAAGCCCUCCAGCAGCAGCCCCAAGCACCCCAGCAUGUCCCCCAAACACACCAGCUUAGGGAAGCCCAGCAUGACGCAGCUUAAGUCUGCCUCGCCCACCUUCUCCAAGCCUUCCCUCUCACCCAAACUCAAAACCAAAGAGAAGGAGAGGAGUUCCAGCUCAAGUCCUUCUCGUCCUGCCACCUCCAGCUCCUCCUCUUCAUCUUCCACGCCUUCAUCCACCUCCUCAUCCUCAUCCACCACCUCCGCUGCCUCCUCCUCCGCUGCCUCCUCCUCCUCAUCCUCAUCCACUUCAUCAUCAUCGUUGUCAUCGUUGUCAUUAUCAUCAUCCACCUCCACCACCUCAUCCUCUGCGUUGUCAUCCUCAUCCUCCUCAUCGUCAUCCUUAACAGUCUCAUCGUCAUCAGUAACUGUCACAGCAGCAUCUGUCACCACCACCACCACCACCACCUCCUCCACCACUACCACGACAACCACCACACCCACCACAACCACCUCCUCCUCCUCCUCAUCCACAUCUUCCUCCACGUCAUCCUCUAGUUCCACAGUUACCAAACCAAAGGUGUCUUCCUCAUCCUCCUCAUCCUCAAACUCCUCUUCCUCCUCUUCAAACUCCUCGUCAGUAAGUGAAAAGAUAAAAAAUGGUCUUAGCGAUGCUCUCACCAUCACCAAAGUGUCAACAGGUGAGUCAGCCUCCUCCUCUUCCCUGGCCUCGUCCUUUCUGGCCAGCACACAGCCCCACACAGCCCCUGCCUCCCUGGACGACAAACCUCCAGUUUUUUCCAUUGACAAGGCAAAAGCUUCCCCACCAAAAAACAGAAAGGGACCAAGUUUGUCAGAUAUUGUUGACAAGCUGAGGGUCGGUGCCGGGAACACGUCCGAUGCUGUCACCAUCAUUGAGAAGAACGACAAGAGCCAGAAGGAAUCCUCUAAGGGAGAUGGCACAGAGAGCAAGAAGGAGGGAGAUAAGAAGACUGAGUUCACCGUCAAACCUUCAACUGGCGGCCUCAAGCUGACAAUUAACAAAACAAAGAAAGACGGAAGCAUAUCAAAGUCAUCGUCUUCCAGCUCUCCCAAACCUUCUGUGUCCAAGUCCCCUUCUGGCCUCAAACCGGGUGUGGUCAGUGGCCCUGCCUCCAAGAAAGUGUCUGUGUCCAGCCUGCCACCCAUUCCAAAGCUACCCAGGUCCUCCGUGUCUACCUUCACUGCCACCGCCGUAUCACCGCUGGGCACCACCCUCCCUGGAGUCCACACCAGCCCCCUGCAGUACCACCAGCGUGAGAGAAGCAAGGAGAAAGAGAAGGAUCGCAUCAACUCUGCCGACAGAAUCAAACCCAAAGACACGUCCCCCACCAAGUCCAUCACCUCCACUCCCUCUGAGGCCAAGAAGGAAAGUUUGUCCAUCAAGAACCCGGCCUCAAAGCAGACCCCUAAGGAAGAAACCCCAAGCCAGCCACUCAGCCAUAGGAAGCUGGAGUCAUCAGAGAGCACAGACAAGACCAGCAAAGCCACCACCGACUCCCGCGCCGAGAAGUUGGAGAAGCCGGCUCCCACUAAGGCAGAGGCAGACUCCACCCUUGGCUCACUUGCUGACUCAACGCCCAACAAGAUGGCCGACACAUUCAUGGAGAAGGGAAGCAGUAACACCAGCAGUGGCAGCAACACCAGCCACACCAAUGACUCAUCCAGCACAACAAACACUCCAGCUCUCCCCUCCACCACCCCGACCUCCUCCAGUGACCUCCUGCAGGACUCCUUCCCGUCGUCACAGUUCAAGGCAAACAAGGAAGCUAAAGAGGACACCAAGAGCAAGUCAGAAGCCUCUCUGCCUCCGUACCGCCCUGCCGUCACCUCCAGCAGCAGUGUGGGGAGUGUGGACCACCUCCUCACUGACCCCACCCCACCACCACUGCCACCACCACCACCACCUCCUCCUCCACCACCCUCCUCCACCACCACCUCCACAGUCAACACGCCAGCAAUACCACCCCUGCGCCAGACUCCCCUCCACCCCCCCACUUUGAAGGGCAUGGAGGGCAAGGAGCAGGGCAGUGGUGCUAACCAGGACCUUGUGCCAGAGAAAUCCAAACUGCCAGAUAGCAUAUCCUCCUCCAUCUCCAGCUCCCAGCCACCCACCCUGCCUGGCCUGGGCUACCCCUCCUCUCCCUCUGUGUCCAUCAAGAUUGUCAAGUCUCCUGCUCCGGUGCCUUCCCCUCUCAACAUGAUCUCCCCCCACUCUGUUGCCUCCCAGCCCUCCCCCUGCAUCAUUGACGACGAGCUGAUGGAUGAGGCACUGAUGGGCACGCGCAAGUAGUGGUGCCAGACGCUGCCGGUGCUGCAAAUGUGGGGUGUCGGGUGUGGGGUGUGGGGGCCGCCCUCCAACGGGCCUCACCUGAUGACAAAGUUGUGAAUGAUGUAUUAUUUAUUUAUUUGUGAUUAAGACAGCAGAUGUAUAAAGUAUAGCAUAAUGUGUAUGCACAAAAGACUACUUCCCCUGUUGGCUUUGGUUUGUGAAGCACUUUGCUGCGUUGGUCGUUGUAACCGUGUGUUCCGCCUGUGUUUGUGGAGGGACGGGCAGGAUUUGGUGCAGUUUUCACAGAAUGCCUCUAUGCUUUUAUGAAGAAAGUCUGGCAAUGUACAGUGUAAAGAAACAUUAAAGUCAAGGACAAAAAUCACUGUAAGUGUUCAUAUUGUGCAUCCCUUAAUAAUUUUCCUGGAUUCUCAUUUUUUACAAGAAAUUUGUAUAAAUACCACAUUCCUGGAGCAGAAUCUGUUUCAUAAUGCUUAGAGCAGCUGUUUGUGUGUAGUGACUGCAGAAUAUUAAACGUUGAUCUGUG